UGAUCAGUCCAGCACGACUGUAAAAGAGUAAUCUGGACUGCUCUGUGUGUGUAUAAAACAUUAGGUCAGGAUAUAUACAUGCGUUUUUAUUUUAACGUGUUAGUUAAGAAACAGUGGUCACGUGACUGAUCUGUAUGACUCGCCUGACUCACAUGACUGGAACAUUCCCGGUGUUGAUAUAGAGGCGCGAGCGGCGGGUUGUUUUUCUCUUGUGUGAUAAACAAAAGCGAGCGCGGAAGCAACGAUAAACUACAGACUGCGGGUUUGUUUGUUUGUUUGUUUGUAAGCAGUGCGUGACUCCGGGAAGUGUUUACUGCUGGGAGAGCCUUCAUCUGUGCGCGCGCGUUCCUUCUCCACGAAAGCAUGACCCCCCGAGUGGCCCCGGGCCUCCUCGCCUUUUACUGCUGCUGUGUCUUGGGAUGGCUGACUGCAGCGCAUGCUGUAAUACUUGAAGUAAAGGAUGGAAAUUCAACCUGCAUCAAAGCUGACCUCUCUGCCAACUUCACCAUCACAUACCCCAUCGUUAAUGGGACGAAUAUAGUGGUUGUGCCGCUCCCUGGAUCAGCAGUACUGGGAAAUCGCAGCUCCUGUGGAAAAUCCGGAGUCUCUCCGAACGUGCAGGCUUCCUUCGGCGACGGUCACUCUCUGGACCUGGUGUUCUCCAGAAAUGACCAAAUGUAUCACGUGGCCAGCCUUAAUCUGACCUACAACCUGAGUGACAACGCCACCUUUCCUCAGUCCUCCAGCAAGAAGGUUAUGGUGUUGAGUACAAACAGCUCUCAGAUCUCAGCAGUGCUCAACACCACCUACAAAUGUCAGAGCUCCAGUUCAGUCAAUCUGGGAGGCCCUGGAGUGAACAUCACAUUCUUCAACAUCCACCUGGAGGCCUACAUGCCCAGCGCCAACCUGAGUACUAACGAGACGGUCUGUUCAGCUGAUCUACCUAUCCCCACGACUACACCCAUCACCCCAACCACCACUAUCGCUCCAACUACCCCCGUCACACCAUCUAACCCGGAGCCUGGCAAUUACAGCGUGAGCACCAACGGCACGGUCUGUCUUCGGGCCAGAAUGGGGCUGCAGCUGAAUGUCACUUAUGUCUCCAAAUCUCAGAAUAAAUCUGUUGCAGUGGUGGUGAACGUGCAGCCUAAUGUGACGUCGUCUUCUGGGUCGUGUGAAUCUACAACUGCUACUCUGCUGCUGACUGGAGAUCUCGCCAACCUCACGUUCAUGUUCACACUGAACACCACCACCAAAAAAUAUCAGCUCAGCGCCUUGAAUAUGUCAGCAGCUUGGCAAGAUAUGGCGGCCUCAGUCCACGUCGGCAACAGCAGUCUAGAGUACAUGCAGGGAACCCUGGGCCACUCCUACAUGUGCAGCGUUGAGGAGGUUCUCCCGGUGGUCAGCACUUUCACCCUCAACACGUUCGACCUGCAGGUGCAGCCCUUCGGCAUCCACAACAACCAGUUUGGACCAGCUGAUGUAUGUCCAAUGCAGAAGGACAACAUGCUGGUGCCCAUCAUUGUCGGAGCUUGUCUGGCUGGCCUCGUCCUCAUAGUCCUCAUCGCCUACUUGAUCGGCAGGAAGAGAAGUCACGCUGGCUACCAGACCAUCUAAACCAUUAUUGUCUGAUUAGGACUAUACUUUGCAUAUGUGAGAGCUUUGAGAAUAAUUUUUUUUUUCUCCCCCGCCCAGGUUGUUAAAUCUUUUAUAUUAUAUGGACACCAAGUGUUUUACUGGGAAAUACACCAUUCGUAUUUUUCAUACAAGCUACAUCCGGGGACAUGGAGAACCAAAACCGUGACCCAAAUCUCUCUAUGUCGCUCAUGAGGAAAUGAAUUAUGAUAAAUUUGGGUACUUUGUGAAUGAGUCUAUAUAAUAAAAAGAAAAUCACAUGUUUGCUUGAAGGUAUGAAGUUUAUCAUGUGUUGGAAAAACUCAUCUUUCAUACGAAAUACAUCAUGGAGCUGAGUGACGUUUCACUCCGAUGAUGUCACUCCUAGCGUUUUCCUGCUGACUAUACGUGCUCUGUCAAAAUGGUGAACUGGUUCAAAAUUAAAACUCUUCUGAUUUAACUCCUGGGUUUUUUUUUUUUUUGGUGGAAGUGUCCAUAUAAUAUAAAGAACGUUACAUGGUUGCAUGAAGAUAUGAAGUUUUUGUCGUGUUGAAAAUAUUUUCACUCACUCGUGAAAUAUACAUUCACCACUCAAAGAUAUCUUCAUACAACCAUGCAAUAUCCUCUAUAUCUUCAUUCGGUCCCCUACUCUUAGAUUACAUAAGAAAAAUGGGCAUCUAAAUAUUAUUGCUAACUGACCGACUCCUGUUGAAAUGUGGAUUUGCAGGAGUCACCAGUGACACCUGUACAGUAGGUGGCAGCCUAAAUCUAAAAUAUGGGCCAGUAAUUCCUCAUUAAACAGAGGGAAGUGUUGCCACUCUAGCACCAUGUCCCACCCCCACCCCCCACCUCUAAUCCAAUAAACCCUGACUCCUCCACUUGGGAUUAGUUAACGCUAAAGCUUGUACCUCCGAUUUCCCUCUUCUGACAAAGGAAACGCCCUCUCGACUUGGAAAGUUUAUGAAGGUCUCAAACACCGAGUUCAGCACAUGACACGCUGUCAAAAGUAAAUAAAAUGAUCAACACAGCUACAUUAGUUGGUUAAAUCUCUAACACUGGCCAUGCAGUUUUGAGAAAGUAAAUAGCUCAAACUCAUGGUCAUGUUAGCUGGCUAGCUUGUUGGUAAAAAAGGGAAAGAACAUGCACCGUCAUGGCUAACCCCCUUUUUUUUUUUUUUUUAAAAAAAAGCCUACUUUUAUGGCUUGAAUAUGUGUUGCACUUGAAAAAUGACAUUUCUUCUUGCUUCUGAAUUGAACGCAGAUUAAUGGUUCGUAAUUCAGAAGCAGGCUGCUGAUUGGACAGUUGAGAAGCCUGAUUACGGAAGCUGGAGGUGAAUAUUCUACCCAUCGCUGUUUGCGGUGACGUCAAGCUUUCUCAAGUAUCGAAGAAGUACUUUCAGCUGUAGCUGAGGAAACCAGUUUUACUAGAAUGAGUGGGUGGGGGAGAAUAACAUCGCGAGUAGCUGGAAGCUGAUAGUUACUAUUUAACUAGGUGGAAGAACCGGGAAGUGAUGGAUUGGGGUUUAUAGAACAUUACGCCGUUAACUUUACAGCAACAGCCACCUUUGCACUUGGCUCGCUAGCUUACAUGUUCUCAACAGUGAUGACGCAUUCAAAUCGAAUAGAUCAUGCUUUCAACAUGGGAAUGCAAACAAAAGGCAAAGUCAAGAGAAGAUUUGGGGAUGCCAAGCAUGGAAGCUAGCGAAUGACUUGGGCUUUAUGCAGAAGAUGUAUCGUUAGAAACGAGAUUGUUGGGAACAUCAACACGUGUCUCGGUGUUGUUGGUGAAUCAGUAAGAAAAGAUUCCAUACGAUUAAAGUUAGUUACAUGACAAGUGAAUAUUACGUAGUGAAUAACAGAAGAGUGGGCUGAUGGGUAAAUACACUUGGAACAAAAUACAACAGGGUUCAAAUCCAGCAGCUGACUGGGGCCUUUCUGUGUGGAGUUUGCAUGUUCUGUCCGUGCCUGCUCAGGUUUCAUCCUACAGUCUACUCAAAACUGCCCCCCAGGCGUGAAUGUGAGGUGUGUGAGCCCCGAGAUUGGCGUCCUGUCCAGGGUGAACCUCGCUUCUCGCCCAAUGUCAGCUGGGAUUGGCUCCAGCUCAUCCGUGACCUGCAGUGGAGAAGCAGCAUGGAAAAUGGACAGAUGAUGGAGGAGGAGGAUAAAUGUUGCACGUUAGAUGGAGGUCGAGCAAAAUUUGGCUUCCAUUUUUAAUUGGAUCCUUUUUUUAUGAUUUAAUCUUGUUUUAGUGAUCACGGCUGACUUCUUUGGAUCAACAUCUGCUCGCUUCUAAGAGGUCAUUAAGUAUGUGGAAGAACUACUCACAUGGAGCUUGUAAGGCUACAAGUGACCAUGUGAGUUAUAAAAUGGCUAAGAAGUUUCAAACAUCUCUACUCUGGAAUUAACCAGCCUUUGAUUUUUAUAGCACAGAUAUUCAAGAUGGAAGGGUGGGGAUGUGGACUAACCUGACCCACACGAGUGUGUCUGGGUGCGUAUGACCUAAAAGAGAGACGGACUGAGCCUGAUACCAAGCUUGAAGGAUAACGGCAUCGAAUGACGAACCGCUUACACGCUCAGGUUAAAUAAUUGAUGCGCUUGUCUCGUAUUUCCUCUCGGUUGAGUUGAGGCUUGGAUCGUAUUCUUGCUGUCUUUGUCGCAAUUUCUCACGGAGGAAUUUAGCUAGGAAACGUUCUCAGGGUGGUGUAAUUACGCUCAAGUCGACACGAAUCUCUCUUGACGUGUUUAGAAAAGGACAUACUGCCAGCAAUUUGAUUCAGUCAUUGGUCUGCUUUGGUGAAUAUUAAAACGCACUUCGUCCGAUUCACCAUCCAGAACCCGUUUCACAUCCUUAGGUGUGAUGCACCAAAGACGUCUUGCUCAGCGUUGACGUGUGGUUAGGCCUUCAGUGGAUUGGGUUCGUGUAAGAGUGGUGUGUGUGUGUGUGUGUGUGUGUGGGUGGGUUUUUUUUUUUGUCUAAAUAUUCUUUCCACUUUUUUUUUUUUUUUUUUUUUAAAUGGUGGCCAUUUUUAACUUUUCUGGCUAUUCCAUUGAUUUAAAAGGGAAAACUGAUCAUCUGUACACACGCUAUUUUACUUCCUCACCCAGUCAGUGCGUUUACAUGCACAUCCAAAUCGAGCUACUGUCGGUAAUCGAGCUAAGGGUCCCAGCAGGGGUGCCAGAGAAAUCCAAUCCUACAUGCACACAAGAAAAUCGAGCUAUUGUGUGAGGUACAUUGUGCACCCGAGCCACAGGUGGCGCUACACGCCCCAUCGUGUUGGUACACUUCCGGUUGUCGUCAUGAAGAGCUAUUCAAGAGUAUAAACAAAGUUAUCAGUUCUGUGUUUACAAGAAGAACGAUGCUGAAUGAGCAUGAACUCUAUCUCCUCAUUGCUCCAGAAGUGCACGUUUCUACUACUGUUGUCAUGCCGACCGAGGCUGUUGUGUUUCUCGCUUGUGGUCUCGUCACUUCAGGAAGGGGCAGUGCUGAAGUAAGUAGCUCGACUACGUAGAUCGAUAGGGUUUACGUGCACUAAGUAGCUCGGCUACAAUCGCAUAAUCCAGGUCGUGUAGCUCGAUUACGAGAAAUCCAGUUCGUUUCGAUUUCAGCCGAGCGAAGGUGUAUCCAUGGCAUUUAGAACUUCGAUUUCAGUCGAGCAACGGCAGAAAUUUGAUUUUCUCUAUGUGCAUGUAAACGCACUGAGUGAUACUAAUCAACAGCAUGACCUUUUGACUCCAUACGCUGAUUAGUCACUUUCGAUAAUGGCCUAAACUUUAGGUUUUCUCAAACAAAGCUGACCAAUAAUUAAGCCUCAAAUGCAGUUUAAUUUUUCAUGUUGCAUUAUAUGAAAACUACAGCUCCUGUAGCAGAACCUAACUGGAGAUACUUUUCAGGGGGAGGAGUUACAUAACGUGGGGCGUAGCAGCUGUCGGUGUACAGAACAUUUUGAGGACUCUGAAAUUAUCUUCAGGGAUAUUAUCAACAUCUCGAGCACAUAAUGAAACCUUUCUCAUGAAAUACUGACCAGGACAAAAGUCAAAGAAAAGUAUCUAAUUUCAGUGUGUGUGUGUGCGCUUUGCCAUUCAGAUUUUUUUUUUUUUGUUCCCUUCAUUGUAUUCUGUACAGCUGAUUGUGUUUGCUUUGUCUGAUCUCUUUUGGUUGAAGGUUUGCUCAUAUAUAACAGCAGUGAUCUGAUCUUUUAUUUUUGUAGAGGACGUUUUUAAUGCGUGGUGGUCAGGCCAAUAAAUGAAGUGAACACUUUA